AUGGAUGAUAUCGAGGACCGGUUGCGCAGCCAUGCGCAGGCAUUCAAUGGUCUUCUCUCCUUAAUCCCCGCCAAGUAUUACUACGGUGAUGACAAUAGUGACCAGUGGCAACGAAAGAAGCAGACCAAAGAGCAAGCCCGUGAAGCAAAGCGUGCCAAACUCGACCCGGACUCCACCACAACUGCCAAAACUGCCAAGGACAUCAUGGAUGAGAACGCCCGCAAGCGCAAGCGUGAGGAUGGUACCCUCGAGAGCGAUUCUUCGGACGACGAGUUGGGCUCCGAGAAGCCCAUGGAGGGUCUGAACCGCGGUGAGAAGGCCAAGAAGCAAAAGCAGGUCGAGAAGUCCGACACUGUCAAGUCUGAGGCCGCCGAGGCCCGUAAGAAGCAAAAGGAAGAGAAGAAGGAGAAAAAGAAGGCCGCCCAGAAGGAAAAGAAAAAGGCGAAGGAGACGGCCCGCAAAGAGAAGCAACAGCAAGACGAAAAGCCCAACGGCACAGCGACUGAGACUCCCAAGAAAGAGAAGGAGGCUGCCAAGUCUAACGACAAUGGUGAUGCUGACGAGGGCGAGGCAUCUGAUGAUGAGGACGGUGAUGAUCUCGAAGAAGGCGUCGCCGAAGAAGGAUUUUCCAUCGAGUUCAACGAUGAGCCCGAACAGCCUUCUUCAGGUUCCUCUACUCGCAAUUCCCCCGAUGCCUCAAACCUCCAAUCGGGCAGCUCCUCUAUAUCCUCUAUUGUUCCUCCUACCGCCUCUAAUGAUACCAAAUCCUCCGGGCCCAAGCCCCUUAAGGCCACACCAGAAGACCUCAAGCAGCGUUUACAGAAACGCCUGGACGAGCUUCGUGCCAAGCGCCAAGCAGAUGGUCUUAACGGCAAGCCUGCCCGUAACCGUCAGGAGCUCAUCGAAGCCCGCCGUCAAAAAGCCGAGCAACGCAAAGCACACAAGAAGGAGCUGCGCGCCAAGGCCAAGGAAGAAGAGCAACGCAAGGACGACGAGGCUAUGGCCCGUCGCUUUUCCCCCGGUGGCUCAGGAUCUCUCCUAGCCUCUCCUCGCUCCCCCGCCGAAUCCAUCGGUCCUUCUAAUAACUUUUCCUUCGGCCGUGUUAUCUUCGCGGACGGUCAGCAAACCGACGCUUCCCUUACCAACGUUCGUGAUCAACACAAGAGUGCUGGACCCAGAGAUGCGGCUGCUCAGCUCCAAGCUGCUGAGGCUAAGCAGGCACGUCUUGCCGAGAUGGAUCCGGAAAAGCGCGCUGAACUCGAAGAGAAGGACCGCUGGCUGAAUGCCAAGAAGCGUGCUCACGGCGAGCGAGUUCGCGACGACACAUCCCUCCUGAAGAAGGCCUUGAAGCGCAAGGAGACUGCUAAGAAGAAGUCCGCGCGUGAGUGGAACGACCGCAUUGAUACUGUUUCCCGUAUGAAGGAGCAGCGACAGAACAAGCGUGAGGAGAACCUUCGCAAGCGCCGAGACGAGAAGGGUAGCAAGGGUGGCAAGAAGAAGCCUGCUGGUGGAGCGAAGAAGAAGGCUAGACCUGGAUUUGAAGGCAGUUUCAAGCCCAAGACUGGCGGCAAGAAGAAAUAA